GACUCCGCCGCGCAGACUCAGUAGCAGCAUGAAGAUGGCGUCUGUCAGGAGGAUGAAGUCGUGUGUUUUGACAGUUUUACUUCUAGAAGUUUUCUCCAGCGUCGUCUCCUCUUUGUACUUUCACAUCGGAGAGACCGAGACGAAAUGUUUCAUAGAGGAAAUGCCGGACGAGACGAUGAUUAUCGCUAACUUUUGGAGUCAGCUGCGUGAUAACCAGAGGGACGAGCACCUGCCGGCCCCUCCGGACCUCGGGAUAUCAGUUGUAGUCAAAGAUCCUGAUGACAAGCUGGUUCUAUCUCAGCGAUACGGCUCAGAGGGAAGAUUCAAAUUCACAUCACCGAAACCAGGAAGAUACCAAAUCUGCCUGCAGUCAAGCUCCUCACAGCGUCCCCUGUCUGCUGGAGGGAUGUUGACAGUUCACCUGGACAUCAGAGUGGGCGAACGCACAAAGAACUACACUGAGAUCGCUGCCAAAGAGCAACUGUCGGAGCUGCAGCUGAGAGUCCGGCAGCUGGCCGAGCAGGUCCAAGAGAUCCAGAGACAGCAGGACUACCAGAGGUUCAGGGAGAAACAUUUCCGCGAGGUCAGCCACAACACCAACAUGUGGAUCUUCUGGUGGCCCGUCGUCCGCUCUCUCUACGUGAUCGCCAUCAUCACCUGGUGCACCAAGUCCUGGUGAAGUAUGUCUUCUUCAGUACACUUUGGACCUGCAAGAAAAACAUAAAGAGGGACAAACAAAGUAUGAACUUGAAUAAUUCCUGAUGUAGAAGCAGAAAUAAAUAUUUUUAUUGAAUUGAGGAACCCCCCACACAUCAGACAGUCGAGGACCAGAGCCUGCAGGAUUAGGUCACCUGGAGAAGGCGGAUACGGAGAGGAGUCCGAGCAGGAACUCGAGGCUGUAGAAGCAGAGCAGGACGGCGCUGAGGAGGAACUCCAGCCGCAGGACGAAGGUCUGCAGCAGCAGGUAGUAAACAGCCAGCGCCGCACAGGGAACCAGGAUGAAGAGCGACGCACACGAGGCCAGAGAGCGCUCACACAGAUUCCCCUUCCAACCUGAACGACGACACACCACACUGAGGUCAACGCUGAGGUCACAUGACCGCAGCUGCCAUGUUAGUCGGGGCUCGUUUCCCUCCAGAAGCUGCUGCUGAUCAGUCUUUAUGAAUAGGGAUUUUUAUAUUUGUCUCCGUUCACACUUCAGACAUCACACAUGUUGGCUGUUUCCCUGUUGUCUGGGCGGAGAUCUUCACAAACACAACAGAGUGGACGCACAUUUCUACAUUUAGCCAGCUUAGUGUGGUGUAGUCUGAGGCCAUUUACUCUCCCAGCUAACAUCCAUCAUUUGGAGCUUUAUUUUCAGCCAGAAAAGAAAGACGACCACCAGCUUUUUUUGUAUAUCAGCCUGAUCACAAGAUAUUUUAGGAGUCACAUCGCAGGAUCUGACAGGGUUUCAUGUGAUCCUUCAACCUUAAAUGCAGCAUUGAUUCUCUAAAACAAUUCAGUGCUUGAAUUGGAGUAAAAAAGGUACCAGGACUAAAAACCAGCAGCCAGAACAGCACAACCAUGUAGCAUUUAGGGGCAUCACCUGUGUUCAUUUGAGAGUACUUACUAAUCACUAAUUUAUAAAACUAAAUACUAAUACUGAGUAAUACGCACAAAUUAUCAAACAUUAGCCCCAAUACCUGCUGUGCUCUUUCCAAUUUUUCUAAGUUAUAGAUGGAGGAUUUUGUGCAGACAUCACAGCUCUUACAGCCCUUUACAACAGAUCGACCGUCAUUGGAGCCGUUCACAUGAGCUAACUGUCACUCUGCUGCUCGCUGUUAGCACCGUGGCUCACACACGUCACAUAUAUACAACAUAACUACACUGAAUAACAGCCAACAAUUAGCAGAUAAACGGUAAGUUUCAGUCUGGCGUCUCUCUUGAUCACCCACCGACGAGUCGGUUAAAUGGCGUCUAAACGUUUGUGUCGCUGAAGUCGUUUCUAUUCCUGGUCACAGCUCGGCUCGUUAAAGCCACGCAGCCUCUGAUCAGGAGGGUCCAUUCAAAUAGACCCCUGACUAUUAUCUAGCAGCUUUCUGACUGAACAAAACCACACAGCUGCACGUUUUUACCUCGGGCCUUCUGCACAAUGACUGCUGUACAUCACGAGUACUGACCUUUAUUAGAAUAAAAGUAUCGGUGCUCAGUUGGACAGAAAACUGGCACCCUGUACAGGUGACAAUCGGCCCAAUUCAAGCACUGGUGCAGUUUGUUCAUCAGGAAUUCAAUUUAAUAAUCGUAGAACAUCGUAUAUGCAGAUUGGCUGAGUGAGUUCAGACACUGCUGCUUAUUUUCAUGUACUGGACAAUUAAAAAUAACUUGCAGCUAUUGUCCACAUGGUGGCAGUAAAGAACCAAACAGGAAGGGUGCUAAUAACGUGUAUCCUCAUGUAAUGCAGUUCAGUUACUGAUCAGGCAGAAGAGAGGUGGGCGUCUAUGUUGUGUUUUCUGCCGGUCAGAAUAUUUCGGUUUGGUGUUUCACUCUCACCGUAAAAGAUCCUGAGAGUCUCCAGACCGAGGAAGAGCAGCAGCAGCACCACGUCCAGAACCAGAUUAUCUGCCGGGUAGGGGAGUACAAGCCCUGCUCACAAGAAACAGAACAAGUUUAACAUUAAAGACGUAGGAAGUCCUUUCCAUUGCUUCUGUCUGUCUGGAAAUGAUCGGCUGUAAUCAUCUCCCUUUCUACUCGUUAGAGCACCAACAGUGUGACCUUUGACCUCCGGCCUUCAGCUGCCUGGAAUUUAGUUUUUCUGGCCACCAAAGCAGAAAAGUUUGAUUUUUGAGGGAAUAAAAUGUUCAAUUAUUUGGACCCUGUGACGUCGUCUUAGAUGUUUUUUAAAUGAAGGUUCGUUGACCUGCAUGAGGGCUCGGUUUUGUAUUUUUACAAUGAUAUAUAAUUUCAAUUAUUAUGUGCUGUAUACACUUUACUGAGUCUAAUGUGCCUAAGAUUUGUAUGAAUGUACUCUCAGUACGUGGUAUGCACUUUGUUUUCCAGCAUGUUGCUCUUGAUUAUUGAUUUUAAUGAAUAAAAACCGAAAUCUUUCCUAA